AUGAGACAACGAAUCACGUAUCUACUGCCACAGGGCACUUCGGUAGACCCAAGCACGAUCAAACUCACAGACGAUGGCCUGGACUUUGACGACUUGGAAGCUGCAGCAGAAGAAAGACGAAUCACCAUUGGCUUGACCCAGCUCCCGGAAGAGAUCCAAACCUUCCUCGCAGACUUCCACGAGCUACACAUCCGCAUCGCCUCAGUCCUCAACCACCCCACAUUCUCACCAGCAGUCUCCCGACUGCCACCUGGCCUCCACGCAUUCUUCACCCCCAGGACGCCCAAUGCCGACACCGGACUAUGCGAUGGCCUGAGGAAUAUCCUUGGCGAGAGAGUGAAAUGCUCCAACUCAUCCGAGUCAUUCAGCAAGCCACCCAUUCUGUCGGAACGCUUCGCCGCUUCGUCGACGUAUCAAUUCUACAACUCGCCGCUGGAUCUCGCUGUUGUUUCGCAGGUUCUCAGGGAGGGGAUAUGUGGGAAGUUUGAGGAGGGAUCUUCGUUGCACACGCUUUGUGGUGUGCUUGCGGAGGCUGAGUCGGCGGUCAAUGUGGAUUAUGACUUUGAUGUUAUUAGUCAUGCUGUGACUAUCACCAUCUUGUGGCCUCCUGUCACGAGAGAAGGCACUAUCCGGCCAAGGGUAGCAGCGAAGAAGUUGGAGGCGGAAGAUCGACUUGAAGUUGGCAUUCUGUCGCCUGAAAAGGCUGAUGAGCCGGAAGAGCUGUCGAUGGGAGGCUACCUGACUGUGAUUGGAGAGGACGAGCGACCGAACCCCACAAUCUUCUCCUUCCCCUCCCGACACCACCCUCUACCCCAACACGACAAAACAACAUACACAGCAACCUUCGCACCCCCAACAGGCCUGCACCCAAAACUAACCCUCUCCCUCCCCGCAUCCACCCUACAACCCCCCAAAGAAGACUCCUGCGCCCUCCACGCCUACUGGACUCUCCCCACCGCCCUCUUCAUAGACCGCUACCAACUCUCCGACCCGCUCUUCCUCGCCUCUCAAAACCUCAUCGCCCUGCGCUCCCUCUCCGGCGCCCAAGAUCUGGAAGCGCCAGAUUGGGCCGUGAAGCACCCCUGGGGAAGCGCGGCAUUGUUUGAGCUCGCAACACCCAACGUUACAACCACCGCCGAGGAUGGGUUCUGGAAUAUCACCAUCCCCACGCAUCUCCGCUACGUCAACUCCACCCUCUCCAUCGACGGCAAAACACCCUUGGCGAUUCCUUGGCCGACAGUUUUCUGGGCGUGCGAAGCGCAGGAAGGACUCAAAAUGUCCACGAACCCGUUCGAUCGCGUCAAUCUAGGCUACGAUGGACUGUUCGGGCCGAAGACGAUGUUCUACCAUGUCCCGCCCAACGGAGAGGUGGAGAAAUUGGUGGAGUUGCUCUGGGUGCCGACUUUGGACGUGAAGAAUAGUGGGUGGGUCAGCUUUGGGACGGUGCUGGCGGUUUUGCUGGGGUUUGGGUGGGUUUGUUGGAGAUUAGUUAGGGGUGUGGGUGGGAGUGAGAAGAAGGAGGGGGAGGGAAAGAAGGAGCAGUGCUUCUGA